AUGAUGAGCAGCGGGCAACAGGCUCCAAACGUGUUCAACUUUUUCAAAUGGCAACGUGGUGAACCGUCAUCAUCGUCCUUGACUACCGGAUUGCUUCAUAAUGUGUCACACGAGAUUGAGCUAUCUAACUACGGAGGAGUACCAAGUCCUGGUAGUGAGAGCCCAUCGGGACUUCUUAAUGGGGAGAGCUUAAAUGUUCAACCAAUCGCUGAUUUGGAUCUCUUCUUCGAAAGACUCUACAGCUACUAUAGAGACAAAGGCCUUUGGUGUAUCAUCGUAAAGUGGGCUGUUGAGCUUCUGAGUCUUGGCUUCAUCAUAUGCUUCUCUGGGUUUUUCUUGCUGUAUGUUGAUUGGCAUGGUCUUAAGAAUGCAAAAUGUGGAAUGGAUGCGGUUGAAUCUGGAACUAAGCCAUGUGAUCUUGUCAAAGAAGCUAUCCAUCUGCAUCCUUUAACCCCUUUCACACUCACAACUGCUAUAAUUGUUGGAUAUUUGGCCCUCUUCUCUGUCUACUGGAUCUUCUGUUUCUUAAGGUUCUUCGCUCAGUUGAAAGAUACUUUGGACUUUCGGCACUUCUAUUACAACAGUCUCCAUGUCACAGACAAAGAAAUCCUUACUAUGCCAUGGGAAACAGUCCUGGAGAAGGUUGUUCAGUUACAAAGCUCACAGUGCCUUUGUGUGGUUAAGGAUCUUUCAGCUCACGAUAUUGUUAUGCGCCUUAUGCGGAAAGAAAACUACUUGAUUGGGAUGCUCAACAAAGGCUUGCUUUCUUUCCCAAUUUCCCAUUGGAUCCCUGGUGCUGGUCCAGUAGCUAAAUCUGCACCAGAUGGGACACGGUACCACCUUGUGUUGACAAAGACCCUUGAAUGGACCCUUAACUGGUGCAUACUGCAGAGCAUGUUUGACUGCAAUUUUCGAGUCAGACGGGACUUUGUUUCAAAUCCUACAACAUUGAAGAAACGGCUGUUUGUGGUUGGGCUUGCUAUGCUUCUGCUGUCACCAUUUCUAGUCAUCUUUAUGUUGGUGUAUCUAUUCCUAAGGCAUGCUGAACAGUUCUACAAUCAUCCAAGUACUGCAUCUUCUCGAAGAUGGUCCAAUUUGUCAAAGUGGCUCUUCAGGGAGUUCAAUGAGGUUGACCAUUUAUUCAAGCACCGGAUUAAUAGCAGUGUAGAGCACGCGUCUGAAUACCUAAACCAAUUCCCCUCACCUAUCAUCUCCAUUAUUGCAAAGUUCGUCUCGUUUGUGUCUGGCGGCUUUGCUGCUGUAUUAAUCAUCAUUGCGUUUCUCGAAGAAUCUCUUCUAGAGGGGCAUGUAUUCGGUCGCAAUCUUUUCUGGUAUGCUGCUGUAUUUGGAGCUAUUACAGCUAUAAGCCGGGCUGCUGUUUCGGAUGAACUUUUGGUCCUUAACCCAGUAGGAACUAUGUCUACGGUUGUCCAACACACUCACUAUAUGCCUAAGAGAUGGCGUGGUAAGGAGAACAAAGACGAAGUCCGUUUGGAGCUAGAGACUCUGUUUCAGUAUACUGGAAUGAUGUUACUGGAGGAGAUAGCUUCGAUUUUCAUCACACCGUUUUUGCUGAUGUUUGUCGUGCCAAAGCGGGUUGAUGAUAUACUGCAAUUCAUCAGGAAUUAUACAGUUGAUAUUGAAGGUGUAGGCAAUGUUUGCAGCUUUAGUGCUUUUGACUUUGAGAGCCAUGGAAAUAUUAGAUAUGCUUCACCACGUAAUGUAUCUCGUGAGCAGAGAAGCUCUCAGGGGAAAAUGGAGAAAUCAUUCUUGAGUUUCCAAAGUAGUUAUCCUUCUUGGGAAUCAGAUUCUCUUGGGAAACAGUUUCUUUCAAAUCUCAGAACAUUCCGGGACCAAAAGCUUCGAGAACUGAACACAAGACACUCAUGCUCUUCUCCUAGUAGGGCGUGGCGAGAAUCCCCUAUUCUUCGCAACAGCACGUCAACACCGUUAUACAGAGACCUAUCAAGAAAUCCGCAUGCGAGAGGCAACCACGCUGAUUCCAUGUUCCUGAUUGAUUCAGAUCAGAGGAACCAUCCUUACCUUCUUGACUGGUACUACACUUCUCAGUCUCACAACAGAACGGAUCACCACCCGGUAGAGAGAGAGAACGAAAUCUUGACUGCAAACCAAAACUCUGGAGAUUGCUGGCCUCCUAAUUUGGGAAUCCGUGGUGAUGAUAUGGAAGCAACAACUUCAGGUCAGUUCUUCAGAGAGAGCAUUCUGCGCCAACACCAUCCUGAGGGAGAAGAAAACUUUGGAAACCAUCAUCCUCUUGAUGGUAGGAGCCAGUGGUGGGGAAGAGGCGAUCGUUCUCCCACCGGUCCAUCUCAUCCCGCAACAGCCGAUAGCUUCAUCGAGCCGCCGGAUUUUAUAAACCACUACACAACGAGGAACUUGUUAGACAGCGCAUGGAGCAGAAGAAGCAUUGGAGAAGAAGAAGAUGAAGAAGAAGGAUUGGAUUGGGGAGAGAAUGCAAGAAGAAAGUUGUCAAGAACUACAUUUAUGGAUGAUGACGACGACAUUGAAGCUGGGAUUGAUCUCCAUUUCGACGAUGUAUAUAGUUCAAGGCCUCAAGAAACUUCAACAUCAAGAACCUCAUUAGGGUGA